AUGGCUCCUGCUAUGCCAAGCAAACGCCGCGCUGAAUGCGCUGUGCAAGAGCAUGCUCUGGCUCCAGCUCUGGUUGGCGACCACGAGGCGGGUGUCGGCCACGCUGCUCACGGAAGGCCACUCCUUCCUCCACUCCUUCUUCCCAAAGCACAGCGCGAAGCUUCCAGCGCGGCAUCUGCAGCCGUCCAGGAGUCAAGGAAGUCGCCAAACCGCUGCCGCAACUCCUCUCGGUGUUGCGCGACACUCACAGCUCUCGCCACUCGUGGCCCCCUGCGCCGGACGCGGGGUCGCGGCCUCCUGCGCCAAGAGCGGUCUCACAUAGCAGCCAUUGGACCUCCACUGCGAAAUCUCUUCGCAGCCUGUCUUUGUCGGGUGCGGACAUCCCGGCCCAUGUUUUCGCUGCGACUGCCACCUUGCUAG